AUGAUUAGAGCCGCCAGUGUCCUCAGAAGAAGCAUUGCCACCAGAGGCUUCCACAAGAGCUCGGCCGUGUGCGCCGCCUCCGUGUUCAAGAUGCCCGCCAUGUCGCCUACAAUGACCGAAGGAGGAGUGGUUGCCUGGAAGUACAAGUCCGGCGAAGAGUUCAGCGCUGGUGAUGUGUUGUUGGAGGUUGAAACCGACAAGGCUACGAUUGACGUUGAAGCCAGUGAUGACGGUGUGAUGUGGGAGAUUUUGGUGAAGGAUGGCGCCACCAAGGUCCAGGUUGGUGAACCGAUUGCUCUUUUGGCCGAGCAAGGUGAUGAUUUGGCCACCUUGGAAAGACCAUCGCUCGAUGCACAAGCUGCUCCAAAGGAAGAACCAAAGAAGGAGGCCCAGCCAGAGCAACCACUAAAGGAAGAGCCUAAGAAGUCUGCUCCUGCUCCCAAGUCUUCCGGUUCUGGUGAUGUGUUUGGCCCUGCCAACCCCAAGCAAAAGCUCUCUCCUGCGGUUGAGUUACUACUUCACGGAAACCACAUAUCUUCGGAAGAUGCAUUGGCCAAGAUCCCAGCAUCUGGUCCAAAGGGCCGUUUGUUGAAGGGAGAUGUUCUCGCAUACUUGGGCUCCAUCAGCAAGGACUCCGUGUCUCUGCUUGCUGAAUUUAUCAAGUCCAGAGAACACCUUGACUUGUCCAACAUCAAGCUUGCCACCCCAGAGGAAACCCACAAGCUUGCACAACGCGAAGAAGCUCCAGCUGCUAAGGAAGAAGCCCCAGCUCCACCAAAACCAUCAAACAUCUUAAACGCCCGUUUAACAACCACCCUCGAAGAACCAGUCACUCGGGACAUUUUCCAGUAUGCAUUCGAGGACUCUAUUGCUGCUGCUACUAGAUACACAUAUGCCCAAAAGUACCCACAAUACGCUGCAUCUCCAGUCGCGUCCAGUUUAUCUGGCGGCGACUUGUUCGAUGACUUGAUUUCUCCACCCGUCACUAAGUCUAGAUUCGAGGUGUACGAUGUCACCUACCAGUUCAGCAGUCCAGCCAACGGAGCUCAAGCCAGAAUUGCUGACGACUUUGACGAAUUGCUCGGCUUGACUGGGUCAACCGGAGUUUCUGGAUCUGGAAACCAAGUCAGUGUUGACUUCAAGAUCAAAUUCGACAAGAGCGUCCUGGAUGCCAAACAGUUCGUGGCAUUUUUCGAGAAGACGUUGGCCGAAGAGUUCAGCGGGGUUUUGACUGUUUCCGAGCCAUAA